AUGGCUGCGGCAAAAACAAAAAGCAUCGAUGAAAUAGACGACAUAGGGGAGAUGUUUGAGGCGAUGGCGGCGCUUGACAUUUCUUCGAAAGGGUUGCAAACGCUGCAAGAUAUGAAAGAUCGAGUAAAAUCUACAAUACACCAGUCUUCAAAAUCACCCAGUUGGAGUGCAGGUCAGGUAAGAAUGCUAUAAUAAUUCACAAUUUCAGUUUGUCAUUUGCGUGUUGUACUGUUUGACAAGAGCAAAAUAUUUUCCAUCAUUCGUUUGCGUUGCUCAUAUAAUUAACUAGGAGUACGAAAUCGAUUACGAGUACGACUUUGGAAUUUGGAGCUUCUUGUAUCCCCAAGAGUAAUUGUUAGAAUAUUAUUGGCGAGAUAGUUAAGUAAUUACAGUACUGUGCAAGAGUAUUGAAAGCGAGAUUCGCCGAAUUUCGUCCUUUGCUCUCGCGAAAAUUCAACGAAAGUUCGCCACGAAUUUUAGCUAAAGCGCCUGCGAUUUUUCGUUGAGUCAAACGAAAUUUCAUUUUCAUUUAACGAAAUUUUGCAUCCAGCGAAGUGAAAUUGCGUUUAGCUGAAAUUUCGUCGGAGCGAUAAAUCGCACCCGUGAUAUAUAUGUGAGGUACACGAGUUUCACUGAGUGGUUUGCAAACUGUUACUCGUGCUCGAUCUCGUACUCAUUGUCCACUGAAUCUAAAGAACAUAUUAGGUUCCUGGCGCAUCCAUUGGGAACAUAGGUUAUUCGUUAAUGUGUAGCUGAUUACCCUUUAUCAUAUACAUGACUGCGAAAUUGUAGCUUAUAUAGGAAAGACAGUACACGAGCUGUUUGCUUCAGCUGUCCGUCCUCUGCAAGCAGAUUAACAUAUUUGUGGCGGACUUAGCUUUUGCCCGUCGUUUAGCGAAGAACCAGACACUAGUGUGCGUAGAACUAAAAAAAAGGGGAAAUAAUCAUUCUUUCUAGAAACUUGACUAUGACGCCUGAUAUUUCGUUUUAGUUUCAAAGAAGUUAGGGUUUAUAAUUACGUACUACUCCGAUUGCAUUUGACCCUUCAUUCUGACUCGAAAUAUCAAAUGGCACAUUCUUUAUUACCAAUGCGUUAUUCCUUUAUAUCUAUGCAGAAGUCUAUAGUACCUUUAACAGAAAAUUGAAUAAACUAUGACUUUAAGUUUGAUGAUACACUUUUUCCUGGACUGAUGAAUUGGUUAUAAUUCAGUUUUGUCUUGUUUUUGUUUUUUUGUACUUCUUCCCCCUAGGCGUUUUCCAUCUUGACAGAUGCACAAGAAGAUGAUAUAAAGAAAAGAACAAUUUUACUGAGUCUUUACAUUGGAGCCGAGGAAUUAGUUAAUAAACUGGACUCCAAAAUUCGCGCCCUGCUACAGCAGAGUGUUGGUAAUUUAGAGGAGAAGAUUGAAAAUCACAAACUGCAACUGACACGAAAGGAAUACUUUGUGCUUGUGGCAGGUCAGAAUCACUUUCCUUAAACACUUUAACAGGAGCCGAGCGCCCUUUUAAAUGAGGGUAAAAUAGUAAGUUAGUUCCCCAACUAACCCUUUUUAUUCCCUGAGAAAAAAAAAUAUUUCGGUUUAGGACGGCUUUGAGGCAGGUAAGAAUAGAAGGAUUUUAAACUUAAACUUAAUCUAUGACUUUAUCGGCGAUUAUAGACGAUUGAACAUUAGCUCCUAACGUUUUUAAUAGCGGAGCUCUGGCGCGCGAAGCGCGCCUGCGGAGCACCAUCGGUAAGUAAAUCUACCCAUCCCAGAAAAUUUGGUAAUCACGUGACCGUACACCGCCGGCUGGCCCACCCGUCCACCCGUCCACCCGUCCACAGGGAAACCAGUGUUUAAUCCUCACACUUUCUAGCCAGUUUGGGAGCGCAGGAAGACUGAUAUUGCACACAUAUAUUGCACAACACCGCGGCAAAACGUCUACGCAUGCGCCAGUUUGAGCAUUUCCGGUCUCUUUUUUGGUCACAUUUUCCAGUCAAAUCAAAGUCUCCCGCGCGCGCUCAGAUUCAUUCUGUGUGCAUGCAGCUUGUGGUUCAGUUGUUCUGCUUCAUGCUGCUCGUGUUUUUGACUAUUUUGUAUUUAUUGAAAUUGCUUUUAUGGAUAACCAGGCACAGAUCACUGAAACAAUUAGUCGAUUAGAUUCAGAAAAGGUAAGAUGAUAAUAACUCAGUGUUUAAUUUUGGCUAGAGCGUCCGGGUAAAUUGAUUUUCAUUCACGAAAACAAAGUUUUUGAUUGUUAUUUUUCUCUUAACGUGGCUGAAACUAAGACAUAAAAAGUAUUUUUGCAAGCUUGUGUAUUGUAGUUCUAAUUUUCAGUUCUUCAAUUUCUCAGUCUUCAUGUCUUAAAGCCGAUUCGAGCUUUAUUUGAAAAACGACAACACACAAUCGCUUUGUAGUUUUAUUUACCAGUGAGUUUUACCGUGUAGUUUGAAACGAAACUCUUCAGAGUUGAUUGCCAUGAAACAUAAGCUUAAUUAUACUGUUGAGGUUGCCAGCAAGUUGACAACUCUAAAUAUUUUUUUUCAUUCUCAGAAUCAGAGAGCGAAAGCUGGUUCGAUGGCUUUUAGAAGUUGAAAUUUUCAUGCCAUGUAUUUAGCAGCUGGAAGUUUCGUGUUUGCAAGAGAUGCAGCCGAGCCGCACAGUCUGAAAUUACUGAAGUCUUCAACCAAAGAACAACCAUGUAAAAGAAUUAAAUAGGCAUUUUGUUGAAUGAAAAUCAUUUAUAGGCAUGUUUAGUUUCCCGGCACUGAAAGCUCCGGGUGUUCGUGGCUGUAGUCAUCAAAGUCGAAGUUGUUAUUAAAUCCAGCCUAUCUUUUGUUUUGAGUUCUUGUUUUCUCUGAUAAUAACAUUAUUGAACGGGCUAAACUUUUUUUUCCUGGUUCUAGUGUUAAUGAUAAUAAUGACGUCUUUUUUUUGGUUUCUUUCAUAAGUAUUGAUAUUCUUUUCUUAGUUAUCGCCUUCUCCACGAAAUUAACUUAUGCCAAACCAGUAGCAUGCAAGAAAGGCAUUAAAAACAAAUUCGUCAUGUCGAGCGCUAGCGACGUUCAAACUUCAAACAUCAUUUUCACCGUUGGUGCAACCAGAUAACCAUGUGGUGCAAAAGUUUGACACUAGAAAAAUAUAUAAGCUAUCGAAUGAAGUGAUUUUUAUUCCCCCCCCCCCUUUUUUUGUCUGUUCCUCCCUUUUUGCUUUUAAACUUGGUGCGACGGCAAAGUUAUGCUUACGCAAUUGGUUUAUAUACUAGACCGGAAAUAAAAAGCUGACCGGAUGUUAAAUUUUGUGCUCAUGCGCAGUGCGUUUUGCCGCGGUGUUGUAUUACACAUCAAUGUUGUGAUAAGUUGACAGCUGUCAAAACAGGGUAUCCGCUGACCAGUAUCACCUGACCGUCUCGCGGGCUCAGGUGUCGACCCAUCGAGGUCGAAUAUCUUUUUGAAGUUAUCCGCUGAUAAGUUACUAGUUUUCAAAUGAUCGCAGGCUCAAGUUUUUUUUCAAUUCAUAUGAAAUAUGUUGUGUUUUGUAUGUGCCGCACAAUUAAAAUGUUGAUUUCAAACUGACCUCGGAAGCUAAAAUUCAGCCAGUUUUUACAGGCAGGGAAGACAUGCCAGUUGCUUUUGACUUUUCUCACCAAGGUCACGCGUUGGUCACGCUCUACGUCCAAUUUUUAUGCUCUGAUUGGUCAAAAUGUGACAGGUGAGUUCAUGCGGAAAAUUUAUGCAGCAUCUUGAAACUUGUUUACUUUGCUGAAGCUGACAGAGUUUUGUGUCAGUUUGUGAUGUUUUUAACUGUCUUUUUCCACUGGAUGUACAAAAUGAAAUUCAGCUGCUAUCAAGAGUCUUCUGUUAUUCUGGCUAGUUUUUUUACUGGGUUUUUGGUUGAGAAAUACGUCGCUUGUCAACGUCGGAAAUCCGAUUUCGGACGGCAUCGUUUUCGUUUUUCACCUUGCUUGGUGCGUAAGAGGGUUGAAAAGGCUGAAGCGAUUCUGGCCUUACUUAAUAGUCUUCAGUGCAUCUCGAAUGGUAAGCCUGAGUAAUUAUUGUAUUUGACGUUUGUUUUUUAUAUCUAAUUUAAUGAAGUCGAGCGUAGUUUAUGCGGCUAUUUAGUUUAUGCACGUUUUUAAUUGUAAGAUUUGAGACAAUGAUCUGACCGAGUGUCAAGUUUGAUUAUAAGUUUAUAGAACUUUAAAAAGCCUUUAGACAUUUUCGCACCGCAAAUAGAAAGAAAACGUUCCAAAGAAUAUUUAGUUAUAAUUCUGGCUGUAAAAGAAAGCUUUGAGCGAAUUUCUUGCCUCGAGUUCAUCUUUGAAAAAGAACACACCGGGAAGCCGGCUUACAAAAUGAAAAACAUAAACAAGGAUUUUCAGAGACACCUUAAUACUUGUGUCUUCGUGAAUGAAAAUUGUUGUCUCUGUAUGUUUCACCGCGCUUGGCGCUUGUCAAAAGUGAGAACCGGCUAGCAGUAUCGGUGAUUUUGGAAAUUUUUUUUAACGGUUUCGCUAAAAGCCCACACGUGCUUCGAUCGUCCUGAAUAUUGAGUGAGUGCAAAAUUGUGAAGUACUGCAUUCUGUCCGAGGUCUGUAUAAUAAAAACUUUCCCUCAAAAGUCACAUGAAUGUGCUCUAAAGUUAACUGAAUUGUGGAAAACAAGUUCAUUGUUUCAUUUAAUUUAUAAAUUCGAGUUAAUAUAUAGGAGCUUCGCUUUUAGCCCUGGCUAAUUAGCCGUUUGUUUAUCCCUCGCACGCACAUUUUGAGACAAAUUUAGUGACAUCAGUUUCCAUGGUUACAAGUUAUGACGUCAUAAGUAGCAGGUGGUCAAGGCAAUUUUUAGUUAAAAUACACUUUUUUUAAGUAAAGCUCGUGGAUAAAAUAGAGCAAAGUACUUAUUUAUGUGUUAUUUUACAUGUCAAGCAUAAAAGUUACCAAUUCUCGCCUUUUUUACCCGAUUUCUAAUUAUUGGUAAAAUCCAAGGUGGCGGCCAAGAUGGCGACCAUGCGUCACAGGCCUUCACCACCCAUAAAAUAAACCUCAUCCUUGAAGAAGAUCAAAGGCUUUCCUCUGAAGGUAAAAUCUAUUCGAAUUACUGCAACAUAUCAAAAACUCUAGGGAAGGGGUUCCAUCAAGCACCCUCUUGUAGUCCUUGUUCCACUGGGGGGAUAUAACUUUGCGUCUACGUCCUAGAGUUGAGUUUAUAUAGAGCAAAUAUGAUAGCUUUUAAUACUGUAACUUUACACCUUUGCAGGAGAGACGGGAUCUGGGAAAAGCAGCUUAAUAAAUCUUAUUCUCGGCGAGGAGCUUCUUCCAUAUUCUGUUUUAAGUACAACGUCUACCAUAUGCGAGCUCAAGUUCGGAAAGGAACGCAAAAUCGUGGCUCAUUUUAAAGACCAGGAUCGGCCAGAAAAGAUUAUCCUGUUAAAGGAAUUAACAGAACAGGGCUAUCUUCAGCAAAUUUCUCCUUACGUCCAUGUGAAGACUGAUCGAGAAAGGGGAUCAGUUUUCAAAAAAAUCGAACUCUUUUGGCCUCACAGUCUCUUGGAGGUAAAUCGAUGAUAUUUCAAUCCUUGCACCUUAAUUUUGUUACUAUUUUAGAUUCGUCUUCAUUUAUAAUUUGGGUCAAGGAGUUGGCCAGUUGGUUUUCGCGUUUUUAUGUUCAUGGGCAUUGGUUUUGGUUAGUUUAACUUGGACGGAAACUUCGUCGCCCAUUUAAGUAUUUCUACAAUAUACUUUGAUAUAUAUUUGCUAAGUACACCUCUGCAAAUAAAUAAACAAAACAAGUAAAAAAAUAACUACAGGUUGUUAAGUUGUAAUCUGGGCCGGGUUGUUCAAAGCUGGGUUAAAAUAACUCAGGGUUAGUUUGAAAUUUGAAUUCAGAUAUGAAAGCUUAAAAAGUAAAUUCAGUUUAAUUCUUUUUGUCAACAAGUUGAUGAUUGGAUGCUCUUUAAAAUAACAGAGAUAAUUAUCCGAGAAAAUUCUUUUGAACGUACAAAUUAAAGAAAAAGAAACCCGGGUUAAAUUUAACCCUGGGUUAAGCGCUAAUCGGCCUUCAAACAACUGAGCCCUGAAGUUUAUUUAUACCCUUUUUAAUCUCAAUCUGGUGAAAAAUAAAUCCAUCAUUUGAGAAAAAGAAAGAAUUUCCCAUAACAUGCUUAAUUUACAGAAAAGUGAGUUCUGAUUAAUUAAAUCGACUCAGUAAUCGUAAUCAACAUUUUUUUUUUUUUUUCGUAUGACUGCUUUUUUCAUCUUUCACCAUCCCAAAAUACUGCAAAACUCUAUGGAAAACGGUCUUGACAGCAAAUCUCACCUACAAUACUGUUCGGACUAUACUGCCAGAUAGAAUUCUUGCGCUGAAGUUGCUUGAAGUUCCUGAAAAAUCGUUUUUGAGAUCAAUUCGAAAAACGUUUAGAACUGGGGUUUUAAAGCGACCACAACAGUUUGCACAAGCUAAGUGUCCAGCCCCCCUAUUUUGAAGGGCAGCGAAUGCGCAUGACUAAAGAUGUGGCUCAUUCCUCGAUCCCCCCAAAACAGAUGGAGCAUAAUGCAAUGCUUCAUGGGGCCGGGUUCUGAGUUAAUUCGAGAAUUCGCCCAUACGCUACUUUGUAAACCCCACAUUUUCCACAGGAUCUGGCGCGCGUUGCUAAAAGUUGAGUACAUUUUUAUCACCCAAAAACAUUAGCCUAAAAAAAGUUGUUUACGUUGUCGUUUGUGUAUUUUAGAAAGGAAUUGUGAUAAUUGACAGUCCUGGAAUUGGCGAGUCUGAUAUUAUGGACGAGAUAGUCACACGGUACCUUCCCCAAGCGUUUGCUUUCAUUUAUGUGAUCAACAGUGCAAAUGCAGGCGGGGUUCAGAAGGACAGGGUACGUAUGGCCCAAUAUUCGCCAAAUAAUUUUCCGCGUUAAAUAUGGCAUAUAGUAUAGUAAAGAUGGACACUUGCUCUUCAGACACUAAGGUGAAUAGUAGUUAUAUUAGUAUACCUCUAACGUACUAAAAAGUUAUUUCAUUAUUUAUUAUUAUUGGAAGGAGAAUUUUCAAAUGAUAUAGUCUCCUAAGCAGUCUUUGUCUAGUGAGGAGCGUUGCGUGGCGACAAAGCGAAACCUUUUACUGUAGUUAAAAUUUAUUUCAAGAUAAUUUACUGAAAAAUAAUUUGCAUCUCAUCUCUAGAUAAGCCAGAUAAGCUUCUCUACCCGUAACACUUUCAAUAACUAUCUCCUUACGACUUUCAGGUCUGGAGCUUCAACAAAAGUCUUUUUUCCUACUCUAAAUUCAUAUUGCCACAUUUUUCAUCCAAUCUCCGUCAUAACUGCAAAGAUUUGUGAGUGAAAUUGUUGUUCCAAAAGCGAAGCUCAGUAAAAUUUAACAGUUAAUUUUUAGUGGCCGUAAGGAAAUUAAUGUGUCAUUGUUGCUCUUGCAAUUGCAGCUUGAGAAAUUAUUAGAGGAAGUCAGAAACAUCUCUCUUGAAAGACAGGGCGAAUUGCCGUCCAAGUGCGCUUUGUUUGUGUGUAACAAGUGGGACCAAGUCCCAGGGAAAGAAGUAAACGAGGUGAAGAAUCAUGUCGUCAAAAAACUUCCAAGAUGCUGGCCUGGCGUUGAACCUGAAUCACAGAUCACACAUAUGUCAACAACGAAAGCCAGUAAAGCUCAGGGCCACGGCUACAUUACAAAUGAAUUUUCCAAUUUGAUGAAUGGCUUGAGGCUCAUGGUGUUGAAGAGUAUUGAAGCCAGGCUGGAAAUUCAUUGGAAGUAAGCAUCAGUGUAUUUUCUCUGAUAUACUUAUCGCGUUGGUCAGAACGCCUCCUAAUCUUGUUGUUCUGUUACAAAGCCACAAAUUUCGAGGUGUCGCGGUCGACUGCCGAUUGACCGUCCCCACUGAUUUUAUCAGGGGCAUCGUAGUCAUAUAGACUAAGAUUGUUAACCAGGUAAUUUCUCGUUAUAUCAAGCGCCGUAACAAAAAUGGGGCAUUCAUUUGUAAAUACUCAAAUUAGCGCCGCGGUGCUUAUUAGAGAACGGCGCUUAUUAAAUUAUUUUCGGUAAAGGUGCGGCGCUAAUUCGAGAGCGGCCCUUAUUCGAGUGGCGGAGCUUAAUCGAUCAUUUACGGUAAAUUUAGACAUUUUAGAAGGGGUACUCUGUUUUUCUUUUACGAAAUUAUUCAAAUUCUUAACGUCAUAUCUCAGUUUAUAUUUAUUCGAGAUAUUGGAAAAAUAUUCAGCUCCCAACUUCCCUUGAAUUUUUCUCUCAAAAAUAAUAUAAGAAUUGAAAGAUUCAAAAGUUUAAGAAUUAACGAAUGAAUGACGUCAGAGUAUGUGACGUCAUAAUUUGACAAAUAGCAAUUAAUGAAUCAGGCUGAGUAGGAUAUGAAAAAUUAAGCAGAUCGAGGAGGGUGAGGGUGGCCGAAGACCGAGGUGGAUAACACCCUCCGAGAUCUGCUUAAUUCUUCAUAUCCUACGAAAGCCGAAUUCAUUAAUUGCUAAAUGUCAAAUUCAAAAUAAUUCCUAGUUUAAAAAUAUAGCUAAAACAUGUUUACCUGCAUCGAUGUUAAGUUCAUCUUCGAUAGUGUACGUUUAGGUUUGUACAGCUCCGCAAAUAUUCUCCAAAUAGCAGAUGUCGCCCUCCGAGUUGUCUUCUUGCUGUUUUGCCAUGUUUUUAGCUAUUAUUUCGCCUUGUUCUAGCUGUAGUUCUUACUCUUUAAACGAGUGAAAUGUCCUCAAUUUUUUUUCACAACCAAAACAACUCAACCUCGUCCCCAGGUCUUCUCGGUUAAUGGUGCAUUACCCUGUAGCGGGCUGCAUUUUUGACGUCAUUUUCGCGUUAAACGCAAAAUUCUUCCAAAUUUGGUCAUCAGUAACUAGUUAUGGUGAAUUUUGCGCGUGCUUUUAGCUAAUCAGAAUUGGGGAAAUAUUUUGAAUGAAUAAUAAUUGGUGUUAUCCAAUAAGCCAAUUUGAUUUGCCUUAUGGUUUAUAUUUUCACGCUAAGUUUGGUAAUGAAAGAGCUAAAGCCAAAAAUAUUUGGUAAGAAUUAACCCAAAUUGUCACGCUUUGAUGAGCUUAUUCGGCCCCACAGUGUUCAUCUCAAAAAAAGGCGAACUCAUGUAAAUUACGAUGGAUUGUUUAGUCUGUGAGGCUAUCAAAUGAAAAUUAUUGUUGUUUUAUUUUUUGUUCUCUCAUUUAGAUGGUUGGAUUACCUUCUUUCGCGAAUAAUCUAUCAGGCAAGAGCCUUCGUAAUGAAUGCCUCCAGAGAUCGCGACAAAGUUAUCCGGGAGAUGGGGGAGAUUGUUAACCGUCUAGAAGCGAUUGAAGAACAACAAAGUGAAGUCGUUGCUGACCUUCAUCAGCACCUGAAGACACGUACAAAAGUCGCUUUGCAGAACCUAUCCGAGUACCUCUCGUCGGAAGAAGUUAAAGUCCGCUUUAUCUCAUGGACAUUAGACGAAGUACCAAGAUCAGAAGACUCCUGGGAAGUAACAAAAAACGAGAUCACAAAAGCGCUAUCAAGACGGCUCCGAGAAUUCAUAGAGCAGUGGGAAGAAGAUAACAAAGUGUUUACAAAUGCUCGUGCUUCCCUUGUGGAACACUUUCAGACACGCUACAAUUUUGUCGAAGGACAGUUGCGGAACCUUGAGAGCGCCAUCACUGCUGACAGCAUUAGUUUUAAAGUCCAGCUUUCACUAGAAACAAAUUUCUCCUUGACUGAAAAAGUUAUCUUCGGCGUCACAAGUCCAAUCUGGGUUCCACUAGGUUUAGUUGCUUUGGUGAUUGGCGUUCCUAUUUAUGGUAUCAUGGUUGUUAAAAGCAAGUUGGAGGAAAGAAAGAAAAUAAAGAAUUACGAAGAGGACAAGUGUGCCUUCAUGAGAGAAGCGUCGGCAGUGUAUCUUGAAGACCUUAAAGAUAAAGAAUUGCUGAAACCUUUCGUAAAAGAACAAAUGAAAGAAGCAAAAGUCUGCCUCAAGCAGAUUGAAGCCCGUCUACCUGAAUUGAUAGAGGCAGACAAGAUGCUAUGCAAACAACUUCUCGAGGAAAGACGCUCUCAGAAAGACAUAAAAGAUCGCUACCAGCCAAUAAUGGACGAAGGUUCUCUUAUCAGAGGGACCCUGGCAGAAUUUGGGUUCAAAGAAGUUCGAGCCACUGAUAUCGCUGCUGAUAAUCUGAACUGGAAACAGGAGGCUUCUUCUUGUCUCGGCCGCGGUGCAUUUGGAGCUGUGUACCAAGGAGAGAUGAAAAGAGAUCAAGACUCCUAUAUCGUGGCCCUGAAGCUGUACAAUGACGUGCUCGAUGCUACAAAUGCAAGCCUUUUUAUGGCUGAAGUGCAAAUUUUAAGGUGAGAAAAUGUCUCAGUGAUUCUGUGCGUUUAUUCUUAGUUGCCGAUAACUGGCGGACAAUUGAGCAGUGUAUUUAACGCAUGAGACAUAAGAUAAACGUCGUGUUAGGGAGACAAAAUGAAGUGAGAUGAGAUAAGAUGAGAAUUGCUUGUAUCGUGGAGAAUGGCAACGUGUGAGUCAAAGUUAAAGACGCUUUGUCUUAGUUUAAAUCAGCCACACACCCAAGAAAAUAUAAGUUAAUUGGUGGCGUCUUUAGGAGAGCGACACUGCGGGGCACAUUUUCUGUUCAAGCGUCAAAAGUUUUACCAUCUUGCUUUUAUGAUUAAUGCUUAACUGAUGGAAACUUUUGAGUCUUUGUUUGAGAGAGUCAAAUCAACUUAGUAAAUAUAUAAAUUAAUUAAGUAAAUUUUUUUGUUGUGACUCUUAAUGAAAACGUAUUAAACCUUCUGAAAAUGGAACUAAUCUGUGGCCUGAAUUGGAUCUUUAUUCCCCGGAGGAGAGGUUAAAUAAAGCCACUUCAGAGACUAUACUUUUACUCUCUUCACUUUUAGAAAGCUGAACCACCCUCACAUUGUUAAGUUUUAUGGCACUUCACUGCUGCCGGAUCAGGGUUCUGUGAGAAUCAUUCUGGUUUUAGAAUGGUGCAAAGGAAACCUACAGGACCACAUCUUUAAAAACCGUCAGUCAAUUCCUGGGAAAUCAAAAAGAACUGAUGCCAUCCAAAAUGUCCGUCAGUGGGUCAAAGAGAUCACUGAUGCCCUGGCAUACAUUCAUGGACAAGGGAUUGUUCACAGAGACCUAAAGCUGGAAAACGUCUUGGUAAGAUCCAAAGUGGUGCUUUAUCUUCGUUCUUUGAAUUGCUUAACAGGCCAAAAUGUGAAUAGUGAUUCCGCAAUAAAUGAGUCAGGAAAAAAAAUAAGUGUACAUUUAGAAGAUCAAAAAAGAAGUUACGGCUGCUAAAUUUCAUUAUCGAUAAGUCAAAAUAGGAAUAUUUUAACAAUACAUAAUAUGCUAAAUAUUUAUACAAACUAUAACUGGCAACACGAAACUUUAACAAAAAAUCAGGAAAAAAAAAGUUAAGCGAACCUCUUUGUUAACGUUUUACACGUUUGUAUUGUUACUUUUUUUAGUGCAUAUAUUUAUGUAUGUUUAGCAUAUUUUUGUCUUGACGUCGUAAUAUGGCAAGCGUUAAAAUGUUGGUAAUUUUUUAAUUUAUGUUUUUUUCUAUUCUCUUAAAAAAUGAUUUUACACCAUGUCCUACAGUGGAUUUGAAUAAAGAAAUCCUACUCUAAAUUUGGUUUCUGUUUCCUUUGAAGCUGUCAGAGGAAAACUCAGUGAAAGUUACAGAUGUUGGCAUAUCUAAAGCAGCAGUAGACAUUACUGGUACCAUCGCUGGAAGCCCUGCCUACAUUGCACCAGAAGUGUUCCAGUCUAAGGUGUAUGACAGCAAGGCAGACAUCUACAGUCUUGGUGUAAUGUUGUGGGAGAUCUGGUACGGAGAUCGAGCGUUCGCCAAAACUGAAUCAGUAUCACUAGAAGCUUUCUUUAGUAUGGUGGACAGCGGGUGUCGUCCAGAACUCUUAGAAGACCACCUGGAUCCUCCUCCUUGCUGGCAAGAGCUCAUGAAGGAGUGUUGGGAGGCGAUGCCAGAGAAGCGUCCUUCAGCUAAGCAAUGCCAUAAACGAGUUUUAGAGUUUUUUUGA